UAGUACUAUAGCGGUUGUUCCGUUUAGUGAUCUAGCAACCAUUGGUAACAUUGCCCGUUUAAUAGAGCGGCACUUCACGCGGUACUAGACGUACACAGAAAUUUCGUUCUACUGUGUCAUCGAUUUAAAUCCAUCAUGUAAUGUUACGAAAGGCAAAGAGAGAUCGUUCUAUUUUAGACGCAUCCGGUGAGACGAAUUACCCCCAGGGGUGGGGUCUCCUGUCAUUUAAAACCAAAGGAGGGCUUAAGUUAUGUUGAUCACGUAAGAAACAAUAUUCAUUAAUACAAUCAUGGCACGACCUAUUGUUCCUAGUCAACAGAAGUUGGCUGAGAAGCUAACUAUUCUGAAUGACAGAGGUAUUGGAAUGUUAACCCGCAUUUAUAAUAUAAAGAAAGCAUGCGGUGAUGCAAAAUCAAAACCAGGUUUCCUCUCUGAUAAAACUUUGGAAUCAUCUAUCAAGACUAUCGUUAAGAAGUUUCCCAACAUAGACAUUAAGGGUCUCCAAACGAUUACCAACCUUCGUAAUGAGAUUAUUAAAUCUCUAUCCUUGUAUUAUUAUACUUUUGUUGACCUGCUUGACUUCAAAGAUAAUGUCUGCGAACUCUUAACUACAAUGGAUGCUUGCGGAGUACACAUGGAUAUUACCAUAAAUUUUGAUUUAACCAAAGGUUAUUUGGAUCUUGUUGUGACUUAUGUGAGCUUGAUGAUACUUUUGUCACAAGUGGAGGAUCGUAAAGCGGUACUCGGAUUAUUUAAUGCAGCCCAUGAAAUGGUGCAUAGCCAAUCUGAUCCUAGCUUUCCUCGUUUGGGUCAAAUGAUUAUGGACUAUGAUGCACCGUUAAAGAAGCUAUCAGAGGAGUUUGUUCCACACUCUAAAUUAUUGAAGCACGCUCUCACUUCUUUGUGGCCCAUUUAUCCUGGGAGAAACUUAUCCGCGGACACGUGGAGGGCUGAUCAAAAGCUGAGCCUCGUCGGUAGUCCCGGAAAAAUACUUAAAGCAGCAGCAACAGAUACUAUGUCUUGCGAAACUUUAAGCUUGGAUAGAAUAGAGAGAUGGGUCAUUUUAGGAUUUACAUUAUGUCAUUCAUUCUUAAGUCAGGAACAGCCUAGUAAACUUUGGACCACAGCUUUGGAAUCAGGCUGGGUUUUAGCCUUGUUCAGAGAUGAAGUAAUUUAUAUACACCAAUAUAUACAAACAUUUUUCGAAAGUAUAAAAGGGUACGGUAAAAGGGUAUCGGAAGUGAAAGAAUGUUACUCGCAAGCGGUACAAAAAGCUGGCCACAGACAUCGUGAAAGGAGAAAAUUUUUAAGAACAGCACUGAAAGAACUAGGUUUAAUUUUAACCGAUCAACCCGGUCUAUUAGGGCCGAAAGCAUUAUUGGUUUUGAUGGGACUUUCCCACGCGAGAGACGAAGUUCUAUGGCUCUUAAGACACGGCGUGAAUCCGCCGAUGCAAGGGAAGGGCAAAGGAAAGGGGGAGGAGGAUUUAGUCGAUCGUCAAUUACCGGAAUUAUUAUUUCACUGCGAAGAAUUACGAGCGCUAGUGAAGAAAUAUUCCCAAGUACUUCAAAGGUAUUACGUGCAGUUUCUAUCAGGAUUCGAUGCUCCCGCCUUGGAUCAGAUGAUCCAAAAUCUGCCAGUUUGUCCCGAAGAUGAAGGUGCAAUUCUUAGCGACAUGUGCUCGAAGAUAGCCAGUCUAACGGUGAAACAAGUCGAAGAUAACGAACUAUUCGAUUUUCGGGCUUUCCGAUUGGAUUGGUUUAGAUUACAAGCAUACAUGUCGAUCGCAAAAUGUAACAUGAACUUAGCCGAUAAUAGAGAAUUAGCGUCAUUCAUGGAUACCGUAGUGUUCCAUACGAAAAUGGUAGAUAACUUAGACGAAAUGUUAGUCGAAACAUCCGACUUAUCGAUCUUCUGCUUUUACAGUAAAGUAUUCGAAGAUCAAUUUCAAAAGUGUUUAGAAUUUCCCGCUCAAAACAGAUAUAUCGUUGCCUUUCCGUUAAUAUGCAGUCACUUCCAAAGUUGUACGCACGAACUCUGCCCAGAGGAGCGUCAUCACAUUCGCGAAAGAAGUUUAUCCGUUGUUAACAUGUUUCUGGACGAAAUGGCAAAAGAAGCCAAGAAUAUCAUCACAACCAUUUGCGACGAACAAUGCAAUAUGGGCGACAAACUGCUGCCGAAACAUUGCGCGUUAUUAAUCUCGCAAGUGGUGAAUCGAAAGAAGAAAGACAAAAACAAGAAGAAUAUGUACGAAAUCCAUAAACCCGGUAUAGAAAGUUACCGAAAAACAAGGGAAGAACUUACGACGAUGGAUAAACUUCACAUGGCGUUAACAGAGCUAUGUUAUGCUAUCAAUUACUGCCCUACUAUCAACGUAUGGGAAUAUACCUUCGCACCGAGGGAAUACUUGCAUCAGCAUUUAGAAUCAAGAUUUGCCAGAGCACUUGUCGGUAUGGUCAUGUACAAUCCGGACACUAUCGAAAUUGCGAAACCCUCGGAGCUCUUUGUUAGCGUUAGAUCCUACAUGAACGUACUUCAGACAGUUGAAAAUUACGUACACAUAGAUAUUACCCGCGUAUUUAAUAACGCCCUCCUUCAACAAACACAAGAGCUGGACAGUCACGGCGAUAAGACCAUCGCUGCUCUGUACACGCAAUGGUAUUCAGAUGUUCUACUGAGACGAGUCAGUACUGGGAAUAUCUGUUAUUCCGGCAAUCAAAGGGCAUUUGUCAGCUUGUCCGUGGAAGGCGCGAUGCCGUUCAACGCUGAAGAAUUUUCCGACAUCAACGAACUGAGAGCGUUAGCCGAACUCAUCGGACCCUACGGAAUGAAAAUGUUGAACGAAAACUUGAUGUGGCACAUAGCGAGCCAAGUGCAGCAACUGAAGAAACUAGUUGCUGGGAACAAAGACGUCUUGAUCGCCCUGAGAACAAACUUCGACAAGCCCGAAGUAAUGAAGGAACAGUUCAAAAGGUUGCAGCACGUAGACAACGUACUACAACGAGUUACGAUUAUAGGUGUAAUUCUAAGUUUCCGACAGUUAGCGCAGUCUGCGCUGGUCGAUGUCCUGGAGGAACGUAUACCGUUUCUUCUGAGCUCCAUUUUGGACUUCAGACACCAUUUGCCAUCUGGGGAUCCCAUGCGCAUUGUUUCGGAGAUGAUAUCCGCGGCAGGUUUAACUUGCAAAGUCGAUCCAACUUUAACAGCGGCUCUAAGGAGCCAGAAAUCCGAGGUAGACGAAGACGAACAUUUGCUCGUUUGUUUGCUGAUGGUAUUCGUGGCUGUCUCCAUUCCGAAACUGGCACGAAACGAGAAUUCAUUUUAUCGAGCAUCCUUGGAGGGCCACGCGAAUAAUAUACACUGUAUGGCGACUGCGAUAAAUAAUAUUUUUGGUGCAUUGUUUACUAUUUGCGGGCAAAACGAUAUAGAGGACAGAAUGAAGGAAUUCCUAGCUUUGGCGUCGUCCAGCCUGCUCAGACUGGGUCAAGAGGCGGACAAGGAGGUAAUUAAAAACAGGGAAUCCGUGUACCUUUUGUUGGAUCAAAUAGUCCAAGAAUCUCCAUUCCUAACAAUGGAUUUGCUCGAAAGUUGUUUCCCGUACGCAUUGAUACGAAACGCGUAUCACGACGUGUACAAGCUCGAACAUUCACAGCCAUAAAAGCAUUGAUAAAAGGAUGUGUGUAUUUUUAGCUUGCCGCUCAGGGCUACUUUUUUACGUCCACUUUUACCGGAUAUCAUUUAAAGAUGAUGCAUUUUGUAUGGAGCAGUAUAUCUUCUAUUCACAUUUGAUACCUGCUUUAGGAUAUGCUAUAACAUACAAUAAUACGUUCUUUCCCAGUAUUCCGUUACAUGUCAUCCGUAUGUAAAGAAUGUUUUAUAUUUCAGGCGAAGUGUAAAACGCCUGCCUGUUUAAGAAUCGAAAUACACACGUAUCGUAAAGUAGAUAUCGUUCUAUCUGCUACAUUUUCUAAUGUAUAAUUGUAACUUUUACAAUAGUUUCUAAAAUAAAUCCGAUUAUCUAUAAACUGUGUACGUUACUUAUUAACCCACUUACGUCAUUCGUAACACCAAUUAGCACUAGGUGAUAGCCAAAUUCUUUUUUUACGCUACCCAUUUAAUUUCAGUAGAUAUAUCGUGAAAUAUAUUUAUAGAUUCAAUGUUGCUUGUGUUUACUUUUUCAUAGCACAAGUAACUGUGUUCUUUGUGACUCCUCCUUUAUCAGAAGUCAUUUACUUACUAGAAAUUUACCUUUUAUCGUGGUUGAAAAAAGACAAUUAAUACUUUUCCUCGUCGCACCUGAAAUAGAAUGAAUAAUACAUUCACGUAAAUGUAAAAUGUAUGCUUUAUUUACUUCUUUACAAUGUUUUUGUUUUUUCUCUUUAAUCACAUUAACAUAACACAAGAGAUUCACAAUCAUAUUCCUUUUUAUUUAUAAUAUUCUUAAAACACUCGCCGCGUUCUAAACAUUUGAGAAAAAGAGAGAGUGGUGGUCUGAAGCUACGUUCAGGCGAUUGGUCAGUAUCAUGCUCAAUAAGAUUUUUAUAUAAAAAGUUCGAACUGAAAACGUGUAGCAUUGAGACUGAAUGAAUGGGAGAACGUAACGCUACGGCACGUCGAAUGUAAAGAAAAAAAAAAAAAAGUAAAUCGGUGAUUCUGUGACACAUUCAAGGAAUUCUUUGUGUAGAAUGUACGGUGUGUUGGUGAAACUAGACGACUGAUAUAUCGCAAAGUAAAAUCGGAACGGGUAAGAGAACCGAUACAAAGAUGAGAAAACUAAUCUCAGAUGCACGAUGUUGAUAGGUCACCACAUUUUUGGAUCGAUAGAAAAAAUAUAAUUUUCGAUUUCUUUUUUUUUGUUUCUUCCUCACUAACAUUAUGUACAAGUGAUAAAGUAGUGUGUAUCGCGUCACAGUGACGCAAAGGUCUGGAUUAAGAUAGGUACACUGAUUUCAGCGAGCAAACUGAAUUUCUUUUUUCACAAUUACCUAAUCGCGGUGUCUGCUCGCGCCUUCCGAGGGUACGUUUAUCACAAAAAAAGUGCAGCGAAACCGCCCGAUCACGGAAUAAUAAUUACACAGAACACGAUCUUAAUCCAGACGGCGCAGAAACGAAUAAGCUUAAGCAUAUGUAGUAGAGACUUCUCGGGGUUUGGGGGGGACAAAUGAUGAAGGAGAACGUACUUUUGUUUUUUAAUCGUUAUGCUUCUCAUACGGAUAAGCGACGUCUUCGUUAACUAGACACUACAACUUGGUCCCAUUCCACGCUUGUCUUAGGCUUUUCUUUAUUUUUAUAAACAACGCCGCUAAUUUCCCUUUAUUUCAUCCCUCCGUUCUUGUUGCAAGAACGCGUACUGUUGUUUACUUUGAUCGUAUAUUCAGUCGGUUUGAAUCGUUUUCUUUAUGGCAGUGAAAUGGAAGCAAGGAUAAUUCAUUACGAACGAUAUCUGAAACGUCGACCGAAACUCGUUCCGAGUAAGAUCUGUCACUUACGAUGGCUGUUCAACGUGACAGUGGCUCGGAAGCAAAAUUUGAUCGUGUUAACAAUUCUCUCUUUUUUUUUUUCUUCUUUAAAUAUCUAUGUACCACCCGUUGGUACUCGAUUUUUUUUUUUCGCAAGAUCCACUAUCGGACGUAUCGUUUACCACUGAAUGUUAUAUAAUACUGAUGUCCGUACGUCGUUAACUCUGAUGCUAGUAACGAUAAAUCUAUAAUACGAAACCCUUUGGUUUCCUUUUUCUCGUUUUAAAAAGACGCUUUCGAUUACUCGUUAUAUUUUUUUUUUCUCUCGCUAUGCGCUAUUACGAAUGGCAGUAAAUCACAUUCGUGGUCCACGAGGAGGAAAACCACGAGCUAAAUAAUCAUAACGAUGAUAGGACGAGCGAUUACGAAUGGGACCAAAUGGAAUCCUCGUGUUGCAUCUAUAUGCAAGAAUCUUCGAAACUUCUUAAAUAAUCUACAUCGAACGAUCCGUCCCGGAUCCACGCUUGGAUCGUCGUUUAAAAGUCGUCACCUUAAAAAGUUAAGUGCUCGAUUACACGCACGUACAGGCAUUCGUUCGUCAUCCUUCGUAACUUCCGUCCCGAUUACAAAAUACAGAAUAAUAUUUCGCUAUAAUACAGAUCUGAUAUAAAAACAAGUAUUUUUUUUUCUUUUCCUUUCUUUUGUAUUCGCUUUUACCAUUUUUCUUUUUUUUUUGUAUGGUUAUACAAUUAUCGUUCGCGAUGAUUGGCGCAUACGUACGCACACGCGUGCAUACGUACGCGAGCAAUAUCGACAUAUGUACAGAGAUUGAACACUCUCUCUUUUAUUCCUUGCACGCCCGUCUUCGCUCUAUGUCCUUACAGAUCACCUCCCCAGGCCCGCUUUCUCGCCUCUCUCACAUAUGAUCUCUCGCACUAUCCUCUUUUACAAUCACAUUGCGACUAUUGUACAUUUCCACACGACCCGCAAACUCGUAUUUCUGCGAUUUCGGCAGACACACGCCUCCUCCUUUUCUUUCGUCACCCCUAAAAACGUUCCUUCUGUCCGGCGUGCCCGUUUAGCUUUCAAAUCAGCGAUGGCCAAAAUUAUUAUUCAGAUAUUUAUGUUUCGCGCGGAGAUAAAUUUUGCAUUUGUAUUUCUAGAGUGGCGCAACUCGAAGAAGCACUUCAGGGAAGGCAAAGAGGCAUUUGUCAACUAAGGAGUCGAUUGUUUGUCAAAACAAUUAUUAAAAGAAACGAUCAGAUGUCAAUUCUAUCAAUAAGAUACGUUUCAGGCCACGCCAGGGUGGCAUGAUUUGCUAUCGAGAAUAAUACUCGAUAAUGAGAAGGAUUAAAAAAAAUUACUUUAUUGUUGUUUUUUUUUUUUUUUUGAAUUGUGCCACUUUAGAACUACCUACAUGCGCACUCUCCUGCAAAAAUAACAAUUUUAAUUACACUUGAUACGAAUGUAAUUACACAUUCCACUUUGAACGAAUGAAAGCUUACUCGAGUAGCUGUCCAAUAAAAAAACGUUACGAAUAAAUCAAUAUUGGAAUAAAAUUCUGCCCACCUCUGCUUAAAAUCGUCAUGUCCCUCUUCGCAACUACUGCGCGAAGCUAUAAAGAUUGCACCCGAUAUUCACGAUAAGAAAUCUAUCCUUGCGAUCACAAAAUGCAUUCUUCACUAAGGAAUCAGCCUUUUUUUCUUGAAACUUCUAACCAUCGAAAUUGAAUCUCAUCCAGGGACAAUACCUCCAGCUUCUCUGGUACAGCUGCCCUGGCGUUGAACGGUAUGUGCAAUGACGCUUUUUCUCGUUUUUAUGAAAUAUGGAAAGACAAGGACAAUAGAAAACGCACUCAGCUUUUGGAAACGUUGGCAAGCUUGAUAUCGCGGCAUUAUAAAAAAGAAUAUAAGGGAGAAGAAUAAAUGCUAGAUCGCGACCGCUGAAUCGUUGAUAAAUAACAGACCGUGGUAGCGACGAUAACGAUUUUCAUCUUCAGUUGUUCUUAGAUUGCUGUUUGCGAAUUGGAAUUCUACGGAAAGAAUCGGACAAAAUUUUGCUGAAGAAGGUUCGACGAAGGACGAGUUAAAAAAGAAAAAAGAAAAUUCAGUCGAUCACGUAACGUUUUGGCGUUUCGAGAAAGGAAGCGAGAUACAGUAUUCGCGCGGGAUCUAUUUGGUGGCACGACCCGCCCGUUUCGAACUUUUUGGGCGUACGGAUUUUUCCUCUGUCGCAUACGAGUUGCGCAGCUGUGUACGAAUAUGCUGCUUGAGCCCACGUAUAUUUAAAACGUUUAUAUUUCGAGAGGCCUCGUCUUUGGUCCGCCAUGCGCGUAAUUGAAGCGCGUUUACGGUACAGCCCCCGAUAAUUUGCAAGUUAAAAACCGUAUUUUAAAUAUAACUUAUAACAUUCGCGAUAGCGGAGAUAAAUUAUCAUCUGCAAUAGAUAACUAAUUAAUAAUAGUAAUAGUAUUAAUAAUAAUAAUAAUAAUAGUAAUAAUAAUCGUAAGCACAAUUAUAGUAAUAUCAAUAUCGGUUUCAAUAUCAUUCUUUUUUUUUACCGGUACAAUUGUUAAUGAAAUAUCGUUAUAAAAAAAUCUUUUUUUUUUCUUCCUGUCGCUUUUCCUCUAUUUUUCAUAGUCUCUCAUAGCUUUGCUCGUUUCAAUUGGCUAAUAAAAAUUAGUAUAAGAAUAUUACAUAUCAUUAAUUAUUAUACUACAAUGGUAGAGAUCAAGUGAAUGACCUGCAAUAGUUUGGUAAUGGUAGGCGCGAUUCUUCGCUCCGGAAAGCGGGUGAUGCGACACAAGAAACUUAAAAACGACAUUUUCUUCGCUAACCGAUAUUUUAUACAACGCGACUUACGUGUACCGUCUUAAAAAUUAUAUAUAAUAAACGUCUCGGUGUUAAAUUGUAUUUAAAAAAGUGAUGUCGAUAGAAUGUAAUGGGUUUUUGGUACUUACAAUGAGAGUAAUAUUACUGCGUUUCCUCCCGGAUCUGUCAGUUGGACUCUUUGGUAAGGCUUGCCUAACAGAUCCUGUCGUAGACGCGAUUAAUAUCACGGAAUAAUGGAUUAUACGAGUAAAGAAAAUUAAUAAUUACGAUUAAAAGAGCUAACGUUAAAAAAAUAUACAUAUAAAGUCGAAAAGGAGGAAGAUAGACGCGUGGGUCAACUUCGAAAUUAAUAAAAGGAAAAAGUGUUCGUUUAAAAGUCUACGACAAUAAUACGAGGAAUCUCGCAAUGUAUAAGAGUUAAAAGUUACAAGGUACGUUCAGUGGGAGCUUUUCAAAAGUUACGUUUAUCAUCCUAACACUUAUUCCAAAUAUAUAUUGUCGUCUCCUGUCUCCCAUUGAACUUCCCUUCUUCUUCUAACGAACAGUCUCAUCGAUCAUUUUUGUUAAAAAAAAAAAAGCAAACAAAAAAAAAACAAUAGGUGAAAACACGCUUUCGGGAGCGAAACAUGCGCAAUCACGACUUCCGUCAAGAAAUCGAUGCAUCAACGCUACUAUGCAAUCUUGGCCAUAAAAAUGUUCAUACAUCGAACGGGCAAACAUACGCUACGUUCAGUACCAUAAGAUUUCACUUGCUGUGCGAAUCCAGCGUUGUUCGUUUGAGAAACGACUCGAUCAUCGAUCGACACCCGUUCAACGUGAAAGAAUUUCGCGAAACAGAGAAAGUUCUUUCGAAUGCAGCUUUGCAAUAAUUCCGAUCUAUUUUUUUUUUAUUGUUUUUUCCGAACGAUCGCAAAACGCGAAUACUUAAUGGCAACGCGGAGGAAUCUGCGGGAAACAUUUAAAAGACGAAUUACGUAAAAGUGUACGAUAAUAUAGAUUACUAAAGAUUCGUAAGUUUAUGAUUUUUCUUUUUUUUCUUUUUUUUUCAAAUACUCAACGCUGUCAUUCGUCCCGUCGUUUUCGCAAACGUCGAUUUUCCUAGCACUUCGCUGAAUCGUUGAAUCAGUUUGAUGAACACCCCCCCACCCCUCCCCCCACUCCCCAAACAUGUAUAUCACCAUUGAUCCUAGCACACUUCACCAAAUUUGCAAUCGCGGAACCCACGAACUCUCUAUUGCCGUGAAUUACACGUAUCGAAAUAAGAAGAAAAAGAAUUACAAAAAAAAAAAAGAAAA